GCUAGAUUCAAACAGCAGAGCCAGAGAGCAGCUGGAGCAAGAAAAGGAGAAGCUAAAGAGAGAGUGAAGCGAGCCAAAGGAACAAGAAAAAUCAAAGAGGAAAAAGAAACUUCUUUACUUUUUACGACAAGUGUCAAAAGACGGUGUUCUUCUUCAGUUUUGCAGAAGUUUUUUAAGUCAUAAUGAUGAGCAGCAGAGUUAUCGUCACCUCUCUUGUGGUGCUCCUGGCCUUUCUGACCAUCAGCGAAGGUAAGACGUUUUUGUUUUUUUCAUGAGUUAGGUGCAGCAGUAUGGAGCCGAGCCAGAAUCAAGUUUCUUUAUUUUUGCUGUUGCACUUCUUAACCAAAUGUUUCUCCUCUAUCUCUCCUACCAGGAAUAAGUUUAAGAAGUCUGGGAGUAGAGCAGCACUGCCGCUGCAUCCAGACAGAGAGCAAACCGAUUGGCCGCCACAUCGAGAAAGUGGAGUUGAUUCUACCCACCUCUCACUGCGAGGAGACCGAGAUCAUGUAAGGCCCUGUUUUAAAGCCCUCAAUGUUUGAGAUUUGUAGCUUUUUCCACUGGGUGCUCAUUGCAGACUGACAUCUCUGACUGAAUCUCUUCUUUUGGUGUUGCAGUGCCACUCUGAAAAAGACAGGUGAAGAAGUUUGCCUGAAUCCCGAGGCCCCAUGGGUUAAGAAAGUAAUCAACAAGAUCAUGUCCAAGUAAGUAUUCAUCAACUGAACAAUAUACUGGAUAGUUUUAGAGCAUAAACUAAAGUUACUGAAUCUUUUACCAAUAUAUGUUCACACACUAAUCUUUGUUUUUUUUCUGUUUCUUCUCUAAGCAGCAGAAGACGCUGAACAGAUCAGGAUGGAAGUGUUUAAUGAAGAUGGAUUAGUUACCUGGCAGAUGAAACAUGUUGGACCGUAUUUAUUGAUUUGAGAGGAUUUUUUAAUCAUCACACCCAUUUUUGUUUUAUUUUGAAAGGCUGCUUAAUGUCUUGGUGGGCUGUUGCGACCUGACAGCAACAUUUACCUGAAAAAGAUUAUGUUUGUAUCAAACAUUUAUUUAUUAAGAAGUCUAUCUAUGUUGGUUUGAAUAUCCUGUGUGUUUGUUAACUUCAGUGUGUUAAACAUAUUUAUUGAUAUAUUUAUGAUGUGUUAAUGUAUUGAUUCAGUUGUUCCCUUGUGACUGCUUUUUGUAAAUUAAUAAAGAACAAAAGUUGAUUAAAAACAUGCUGUCUUGAACUGUUAUUCAUCCACAAUGUAUAGUCAAAGAUUUUUCAGGAAAAAAAAGGAGUCCGAUGUAGAUGAUUUAUAAGAUCAGGUGUUCAAGAUACUCAAGAGUUUUAAUUUUGAGCGAUUUUAAUGCUUCUUGUAGGAACUUUUUGCUUGU